AUGAGUGCUCUAAAUGACUCUGUUCUAAUUUGUGAUGUAUUUCCAAAGUCAAGAAGGAAGAAAGUGCUUUUAAAAGCAAAAGCAUCACCAAAAAAUGUAAAACGUUCGUUCUAUGAAAGCCCUUUGAAGCAUAUUCGACAAAGUUGUAGCAGCAAAAGAUUGAAACAAAUACAAACACAGAAUAAAUUAAUUCGUAAUGCUGAACGAAUUUCUAACAAUAAGAAGAACUGUUUCCUCUCAAUGAAAAAUGUAUCCUUACAAGAUAGCGUAGUUAUUUUAAGUGAUAAUGAAAGUGAAUCAAAUAACAAGGAUCCAAAUGAGUGUGGAAAAGAAGCAAAGAAAAGAAAAAGUCCUUUGGAAAUAUCAAAAGAGGAUAAACAGAGUUCAAAAGGCUUAUAUAAUUUAAAUGAAACCCUAGCUCAAACAAGAACCGAAGAAGAAACAUGUACAAGAAAAAGAGGAAAAAAAAGAAAAAGAAAAAAUGUAACUGCAUUAUCAAACAAUAGUACACAUUGUCUUUUAAUAUCUGACACAGAAGAUUCAGAAAUUGCAUCUAUUGAUAUAGAUGAUGAAAAUAUAGCCCCAGUACAAAAUUCUGUGGAACAAGGAUCAGAUGACAUUGUUGUAGUAUGGUCAUCUACAGAAAUUUCUUCACCAUCCAGAGAUCAGUCAAAAGGAAGAGAUACAGAUCAGGAACAGGAUAACAGAGUUUUUAUGAUAGAUAGUACUCCAAAUCCAAAGAAUUUGCAAUACUUAAAAGAUAAUGAAGAAAUAAUACCUAAACAAUGUAGAAAACGUGUUAAAAGAAGUAGUAGAGCAGAAGAAAAAGAAGAAAAUGUCAAUGAUAUGCCUUUUAGUAGACAUGGAUUAAAACUUCCUAAACCUUAUAAUAUAAGUAGCACAAUUAAAAUGAAGAAAAAAGGGACACAUAAGCCAUUCAGAAAUUUAAGAUGUCAAUUAUCAAAUAUAUCUGCUAUACCUACAAUAACUAAUUUGGAGGUAGCUACAUCAGCACUACAAACACCACAAUUACCUACAGUUGAAUCAUCUGUACUUCAAUCAUCUAACAAGCUAAGGGAGAUAGUUAUUGAUGGCAACAAUGUAGCUAUGGCGCAUACAAACAAUAAAUCAUUCUCAGAGGAAGGAUUAUUGUUAGUUAUAGAUUAUUUUAAACAGAGAGGUCAUUCUGUGAAAGUAUUUGUUCCCCAACAUAGAAGAUCACAAUGUCACCAAUUACUUGAAAAAUUAUACACAGAUGGAAUAGUAGUGUUUACACCUAGUCGUAGAAUCGGAGGUAGAAGAAUAACUCCUUAUGAUGAUCGGUAUAUAUUAGAAUAUGCCACAAUGUGUGGAGGUAUUGUAGUUUCUUUAGAUCAGUAUAGAGAUUUAUAUAUGGAAAAACCAGAGUGGCGGAGUACAAUCGAAAACCGACUAUUGGCCCCUACUUUUGUAGGAAAUUAUGUUAUGUUUCCUGAAGAUCCCUUAGGUAGAACAGGUCCCAAACUUGAAGAAUUUUUAAGGUUCUGA